AUGUACGGCCAGGUUCUCGCCGGACUACUGCUCGCGUCUGCUUCAGUGCAGGCCGCUCAGAAGCCAAUGCAGCUUGCGUUGAACUACAGCGGCGAUGCCUUCUUUGACCUCUGGAACUACAAAGUCGGUGACGACUUUCUUAACUGGUGGGGAGAUCCGUCAAACAAUGGAAUCGUGAAUUUUACGGACCAGGCCUUUGCACGACAACAGAAUCUCCUAUUCGUCAAUUCAGUUGGCAACGUUAUUGUAAAGACGGACAACUUCACAGACGGUACUGGGAACGCUUCGUUCGUGAGGAACAGUCUACAAUUGUUGAGCAAAGACCCCAUCACCCCUGGGACGUUGAUGAUCAUGGACGCGGUACACAUGCCAUUUGGGUGCGCAGUGUGGCCAGCGUUCUGGAUGAACGGCGGUGCAAACUGGCCCUCAUUAGGUGAGAUCGACAUUGUCGAGAACAUCAACCUCGCCACGACCAACGCAUACAACCUCCACACCGCGAACGGAUGCAAGGCGUCGACAGACGUGGCCAUCACCGGCGACCUCAUCUCUACAGACUGUUUCAAUGUCACGAACCACGAUCAGGGCUGCAAGGUGCAGGACACAACGCUCUCGUACGGUGCGGGCUUUGCGGGGAACGGCGGUGGCGCGUUUGCGUUCCUGUGGGACGAUGAGGGCAUGCGGAUAUGGUUCUUCCCCCGCCCUACCAUUCCUGCCGAUUUGUCCACGGCGAGUCCGAAUCCUGACGGGUGGGGGACGCCCACUGCGUUCUAUCCCAGCUCGACAUGCGAUACGACCAAGUUCUUUGGGCCACAGACAUUGAUCCUCGAGAUAAAUGUAUGCGGAAACUUUGCUGUGGAAAAGUUCAACCAGACUUGCUCGGCCGUCGCCGCCCAGUGUACCGACGUUGUACCCAACCCCUCUGCAUUCGAUGACGCGUAUUUCGAGAUCAGAUACAUUACAGUGUUUUCAAAUUCGACUGUGCCGAAAACGAACCUUACAGCGUCUGGGACAAGCGGAAGCAGUACAGGCACCCAAUCUCCCGGCGCUCAAGCAAGCACAAAAUCCAGCGGUGUUUCGCUGAAUAUACCCACGUCAUUCUCUGUUCUGUGUGGAAUUGCUUUCCUAUCACUCUUUUUCAUGUAA